CUCUCUCUCUCUCUCUCUCUGACUCUUCCCGUGCGCCUCAAGCUCGCCGCCACCACCGCAUCCCACCUCCCGCAGAAUCUCAAUCUCUCUCUCUUAAGCCCCCACGGAAAUCUACCGUGUCGCCAUCACCGUCGUCGUCGAAGUGGAAAAACCCACUUCGAUUUCACGUCGAAUUCUGCAGGGCAGCAGCCGGAGAAACAGGGCGGAAGAGGGAGGGAGGGGAGGCGGGAGGAGAGGAGGGAGUGCAUCUGAUCAAUGCGUUGAUGGUGACCCGGAUGGUGACCCGGGAAGACCUCGGCACCUCCCUCGGGAGCGAGAUCACCUUCGGGUCGGUCAUGUUCUUCGUCUACGCCGGGCUCUCCUGCUUCUUGGUCCUCUUCGCCGGCAUCAUGUCGGGCCUCAUCGGCCUCAUGUCGCUCGGCCGCGUCGAUCUCGAGAUCCUCCAGCGCAGCGGCACCAACGCCGAGAAGAAGCAAGCAGCUACUAUCUUGCCGGUGGUCCAGAAGCAGCACCAGCUUCUCGUGACACUGCUUCUUUGCAAUGCUAUUUCAAUGGAGGCCCUUCCCAUAUACUUGGAUAAGCUUUUCAAUCAAUAUGUUGCGAUUAUACUUUCUGUCACGUUCGUGCUAGCCUUUGGAGAGGUCAUUCCACAAGCAAUAUGUACCCGAUAUGGACUUGCUGUCGGUGCCAAUUUUGUGUGGCUUGUCCGGAUUCUAAUGAUUAUUUGCUAUCCAAUUGCAUAUCCUGUUGGAAAAGUUCUAGACUGGGUGUUGGGUCAUAAUGAGGCAUUAUUUAGGCGUGCUCAAUUAAAAGCUCUUGUCUCCAUCCACAGUCAGGAGGCUGGGAAAGGAGGUGAACUCACACAUGAUGAGACCACGAUUAUUAGUGGAGCUCUAGAUUUGACUGAGAAGACUGCAGAGGAGGCAAUGACACCCAUUGAAUCUACCUUUUCUUUGGAUGUUAAUUCCAAACUGGACUGGGAAGCAAUGGGAAAGAUUCUUGCUCGGGGUCAUAGCAGAGUUCCUGUCUAUUCUGGGAAUCCCAGAAAUGUCAUCGGUCUUCUUCUGGUGAAAAGCCUUCUCACGGUUAGACCAGAAACAGAGACCCCUGUUAGUGCAGUGUCGAUCAGAAGAAUUCCGCGGGUUCCAGCAGAUAUGCCCUUGUAUGACAUACUGAAUGAGUUUCAAAAGGGUAGCAGUCAUAUGGCAGCCGUAGUGAAGGCCAAAGGGAAAUCUAAGAAUCUUCCACCAAUGCCGGAUGUGGACAAACUUGAAGAAAAGAAGGCCACUGUGGGAGAUUCCCAGUUGAUUACUCCUUGCUUGUUACAGAAUGAAAAAGCUGAUAUCGUUGUUGACAUUGAGAAGGCUCCAAGGCCAGUGAAUGGCUUGCCUCAAUUAUCAGAAGAUAUUGAGGAUGGGGAGGUUAUUGGUAUCAUCACUCUUGAAGAUGUAUUUGAAGAACUUCUUCAGGAAGAGAUUGUUGAUGAAACCGAUGAAUAUGUCGAUGUACAUAGAAGGUAUUGCAAGAAUCAGAUACUGCGUGUUUGGUUUAUGUAAUGCCAUUUGAUUCAUUAUACAAUGACAAUGGC